UGCCCCCCGCGCUGCCCUUGGCUCCAGGGAACGUCUCGUCCGAGGUCGGGGCGUGCGUGGCACCCGGAGGCUCGCAGUGCRUGCACGAUGAGCGGCCUGAUGCAGAACGCGCGGGAAGUGAUGAAGGCCCUGUUGAGGUCGCCSGGCUUCGACCGAGUUUUGGAAAAGGUGACUCUCGUCUCUGCUGCUCCUGAGAAAGUGAUUUGUGAAAUGAAAGUAGAAGAGCAGCAUGCUAAUAAAAUGGGCACACUCCAUGGUGGUUUGACAGCCACCUUAAUAGACAGCAUAUCAACUAUGGCUUUGCUGUGCUCAGAAAGGGGUCUGCCUGGAGUCAGCGUUGACAUGAACAUAACGUACAUGUCACCUGCUAAAAUAGGAGAAGAAAUAGUGAUUACAGCACAAAUUCUGAAGCAAGGAAGAACACUUGCAUUUGCUUCUGUGGAUCUGACCAACAAGGCCACAGGAAAAUUAAUAGCACAAGGCAGGCAUAAGAAACACCUGGGAAACUAGAGACCCGCAGGUGCCCGAAGAUACCCAACAGUGAACACCAAGUGUGAACUUGAACAAAUUUUUCAAAAUAAAUUAUCAGAACCACAAAGUAGCUUAAGACAUUUUCUUUGGGUGAAAGACCUAGAGACCAAGUAGGGUAAAGCUGGGGUUGUCUUGGUUUUUCAUUUUAAACAUCUUCAGAAUUUUUUAUUCAUAUGCAUGAUAAUUGUAUUUAAAAAGUUAGCUCAAAGCAAAGAAGCAAGCAGAGCUACUUGAAGGCAAGAUUAAAGUCUAAUAUUCAGCUAAGUGAGAAAAAUUAAUGGUGUCGCAUCUGUUUGGGCUUCUGUAACACACUAUAGGCUAAGUAGCUCAUAGGCAGAAAUUUCUUACCAUUCUAGAGGCUGAGAGUCCAGUCAACAGUCCAGCAGGUUUUCCAGUGAGGGCUUGCUUCCUGAUUUAGUGUCUUCUAGCUAUAUUCUCAAUGUGGUACAGAAGGCAGCUCUCCAGGGUUUCUUAAAAGGGCACCAUAGCUGUACCCACUAAAGAUCCCACCUCCUAGUACCAUCACUUAGGAGGGUGUGGUUUUAAUGGGACACAUUGUGGAGUUAGGUCUUCCCCAACUGUAAAAUGCCUUUUUUUUUAUGUGGGAUUAUGGAAUUUCAAAAUAGGUGAACUCUGGAUUGGAAAAAUUAAAUUAUCAUACUGCAUGGCCUUAAAUAGUUAAGAUUGAAGCAAAGACAUUAGCAAGAUAGGAAAUGGUCCAUAUAGUUCUCUCUGAUAAUUUAUUAUAGGGCUGGCAACUUUUUUUUUUAUAAAAGGGGAAAAAAACAUACUAUCAGCCCCUUUGGAUCUCCCUGUCUAUAGUAAUAUCCCUAGGUCACAAAACUCAGUCUAUUUCUCAAAAGUUCUGUGUACUAUGGCACCCUAAUAUUUGAUUUCUACAUUGGUCUUAGGGAACAUUUCAUGACUAAAGAUGGAAAAGAAGCACUUUAAAUCAGCAAACAGUCAAGCUGGCUAUCCUUUUCCUGUACUGGAAUGCAUGCUGAUCUGUUCAUAGGACACAGACUCCCUGCUGGCAGUGAGCAGGCUAAAGACCUGGGUCUCCAUUGCCAGUGCUUCCUACUAAAAGGAACCUGUGGCUCCUUGGAGAAUAACUGAUUCUGGUGCUGGGAAAACACAUGUCCCAAGAUCUUAACCUGAAAGUAAGGAUUAUUCAAGAAAAUAAGAGGCAGUCACAAACUGUGCAUGGGGUUUAGGAGUUUGAGUCCAUAGCUUUGGACAAUAAUGGCAGAGGCUCCUUACAAUAAAACAAUGGAAAACAUGGAGGGAGGGUAGAUUUAGAAAAAUCACCUCUUGGAACCUUCAUAAGAUCAACUUGGUUUGGCAGCAAGAAUCAGAGGUGAAGUGCUAGGAGGAUCAUUUGCAUAACUCCACAUAGGUCGCAAGUAGUGAGCACACAAUGCAGAAGUGGGAAAGCACUGAAGUCAACACCACCAAGAGACAGAUGUGUGCCUCCAGAUACCAAAUGGAGGAGGACACAGGCCUGUCAUCUAGCCACAGGCAAACUAUGUCAAUGGCAAAACAUACCACAGUUUAUGUGAAAGUCAAAACCAAGACCAUGAACAAAGGAGGCCAAGUCACUGUGCUAAAAGGACACCAAGGCUAUGGCAACCAAAUGCAAUUACCUUGUAACAUAAAGGGGAUUUAAAACUAUCAAAAAUACUGACAGCAAAACAAGAAUAUGGAUGGUAAAGUAUAUCAGUGCUACAUUUCUUGAGAUUGGUGAUUUUACUAUGCAUAACACCUUGACCAACAACCAAAAUAACUCAAAAUGUUAAUGAUCACAAAUAUAUACACAAAAGAGAAAACAAAUAUGGCAAGAUGAUAAAAUGGAGUACUGGUUACACAGGAACUUUCUGUAUUUAUUCCAAAAUAAAAUGACUGCUGAAUUGCCUACUAUGUUGAACAAGUGUAACUUAACAUAUGAUUAAGGCCUAGGGCUCUGGAGAUCAACAGUCUAAUUUAAAUCUUUCACUCUUAGGAUGCAAGCUUGGGCAAAUUACUAACCUCUGCAUCUGUUUCUAUUCAGAAUUAACAGGUUAAGAUACGAACCUAAUUCAAAGUGUUAUUUCAAAUGGAUUCUAACUUUUAACUGAUCAGAGAACAUGUGAAUGCACUUUGAAAUUAAGAAUGGUGUUUUUUUUUUUCAUGAAGCAAGUGUAACGGCAGACUAUGAACUUUUGAAAGCUAACCAAAUAUCUUUGAUUUCUAUUCUUGUUGAAAUUACAAAUUGCCAGGGUUUUUCUUAAUUGUUCAGUUAUGGACCAUAAAAUAAUCCCCUAAGAGGGUCAGUAACAUCUACUCAGUGACUUGGGAUAAUAAAGUUACCACUUCAAGCUUUGUGUAUUCACCUGAAUAGUCAGGGAACUUUCACCUAUUUUAUUUAGGUUUUCAUUUUCUUCAAAUUCCAACCAGAAGCUAAAUACAAUUGGAAAUGGUAAGCACUAGUUUUACUCCAAAGGAGUAGGAUCAUUCAGAUUUACUCCAAUAAAAGUAUGCAACCCUUAAGCAAAGCUUUUCUUCAUUUAAAAGAAAAAAAAAACAAAGGAAAAAAAAAAAACUAUACAGUAGUCUUUCCUCAUGUUCAUUGCACAAAAUGAGUUCUACUAGAACUUUGACACUCUGGUCAUUUUUACAAUUUUAAAUCCCAACUUUAAAAAAUGUUUUCCUAUUCCAAAAAUCCCUCAUAACUUUUUCUUUAGGAUGGUGUAGAAACCAGUAUUUCUGCACAAUUUAUUGGAAUUUUCUUUGUAAUUAAAAUCUCUUCUCUUUAACACCAAAAAACAAAACAAAAACCAAAAGUAAAGUCCUCUACCUAUCACGGUUUCUGCAGCUAUGAAUGUAUUUCUCAGUUUUAUAGCUGCUUUUAGCUACUUCAGACUCCAGAUCUGCUUUAAUGAGUAUAAAUGCAUCCACACUCAGCAGAAUACUUUUAUAACAGCAACUUGGGGAAAGAGAU